AUGGAUGGUAAAAAGAAUAAAGAAAAGGCUUCCAAAAAGACUGUUAAACCUCCAAAACCUGUAGAACCUGAAGAAUCUUCAGAAGAGUCCUCUUCAGAAUCAGAAGAAAUGGAAGUUGAAGCUCCAGUUGCUACAAAAGCUAAGAAGCAGUCAAAACAAAGCCAGGUUGCUGCAAAGAAAAAGAAGGAAGAAUCCAGUGACAGUGAAGAAGAAGGAAGUAGUGAGGAAGAGGAGGAAGAGGAAAAAGCAAAAAAAGGAGAAAAAGUCAAAAAGGCUGCUGAAUCAGAUGAUUCUGAAGAGGAUUCUGAAGAGGAUUCUGAUGAAGAAUCUGAAGAAGAAUCAGAAGAGUCUCCUAAACCAAAGCUCAAUGGAAAAACUGAUGGUUCAAAAGAAACUAAGAAGCGUAAAACAGAGCCAGAAGAUGAUUUCAUUAGCUCAAAGCCGUUGCAAAUUGUAAUCUGUAAAAAGGCAUUUGCAAAAUCUUUUGUUUUCGAAGAACGAAGAAAAAGAAAGAAUAUUAUAAGUUUCAAAAUCCUGCUACGCGAAUUCAAAAUCAUGGUCAAAGGUUGCAUCGCUGUAAAAUGA